CUCUGCUCUACCACUCUAUAAAAGGAGCCCACAUCACCUCAUAAUAGAGCAAUCCCUCUCCACAAGGAUCAGAUAGAUUCUUCAUUUUCAUCUCACUAACCAACAAAACCUAAUUAUUGAAUCAUAAGAAACCAGUGUCUCAACCCAUCAAACUUGGUUCUGUUGUGUGUGGUUCACAGACACCACAAACACUUUCAACUCAUGAAAGCCCUCAUAAGCAGUUCUUGUUCCAAGGCCAUAGUUGGGAGCCUUGGAUCAAAUAUUUAUCAUAGGAGAGGUGGUGGUGGUGUUGUUGCUGCUCAUGUUCCUGGGAGAGUUGAGUUCUGCUUCUCACUGAGAUCAAGAAAUGACAAAAGGGGCUGCAGCUUUUGGUUCCUUAAGAAAAAGGGUGUAACCCCAAUUCAUUCAGUGCCACCAAAAACUGAGGUGGAAUUGGAACCAUCAGAGCCAGAUUUGGAAACUGUAGAGCCUCAAGCUCAAAAAAGUGAACAAACAAAUGAAUCAAAGUUUGUACACGUAACAUUUCAGUUGCAAAAGAAUUGCUUCUUUGGCGAACAGUUUCUAAUAGUUGGAGAAGAUCCUAUGCUUGGUUCUUGGGACCCUUUAGAGGGAUUACCAAUGGCCUGGUCUGAUGGGCAUGUAUGGACUGCUAAUCUGGUGAGUAUCCUCUUCAACACAUAAAAUUACUCUAUUUGUUUCAAAAUAACUGUCAGUUGGAACAAAGUGAUGCCAUAUAAAAUGAGAUUAAUUUUUAUGCACUGACAAUAUAAGUGAGUUUUGCACUAUAAUCCACUUAGAUGCUUGUAU